AUGUCCGCGAUCAACGAGGAAGCGGCAUUGCAGCUGCAGCAGUUGCAGCGCAACGGGUCCGGGUCCGGGUCCGUGGAGGAGAACUCGCCGGAGAAGGAUGACAGCCCCGCCCGGGCACCACCCAGGAAACGAAGGCGUAUUGUGAUAUCGUGCACGGAAUGCCAUCGCCGCAAGCAAAAGUGCGAUCGCAAAUUGCCGUGCACGAAUUGCGAGUCACGCAACAAGCAGGAUUCCUGCCGCUACGAGACGGGUGCGCCGACAGCGAAGGAGCAGCGCGGGUCGACGUCGAGCAAUGGCGACAUCCCGCCUGGGUCGAAGAGGGGGCCGGACGACACAAUCCCCCGAAAGGUCGCCAACUUCGGCUACUCUGCGACCGGGGCGUCCACACUGGGCUUCCUGAAGAAGAUCGACGGCGCAAACCCCGACGAGCCCCUGUCGAGGCUCGCGAUAGGCUCGAGCGAGCAGGACGAUGCAUUCGGUGCGCGGGAGAGGUAUAAGAGCCUGAUCAGGCAGCUUCCGGCGCGGACAUACGUGGAGAAACUCGUGGACAUGUAUUUUGAGCACUUCAAUUGGCAGUACUACGGGCUGGAGCAGGAUGUGUUCAUGGCGCAGCUGGAGGAGUGGAACAGCCUGCCGUUCAAUCUGCUCAACACAGCGGGGCCCCAGGGGCUGUCUGCGGAUUUGAGGGCGUUCCCUGCGCUGCUCUUUCAGGUCAUAGCCAGCGCGCUGAUGGCGCUGCCGCCUGGGCCAGAUGAAUUUUUCGACUCUUUAAAAUAUGCCGGCACGAUGUCAUGGGACGACCUUGCGACGGAUUACAGCGAGUCGGGUGUUGCUGUUCUUUCGCUGCUGGGGAAACGACAAAUAUCUCUGACGACAGUGCUAGCAGGAUUUCUCAGAAGUGCGUUCCUGAAGUACAGUGGCUUGGUGACCGAGGCAUGGCACGCAAUCGGUAGCAGUAUCAGAGACGCCCAGGAACUCGGUAUUCACAAGGACAGUCUCGACCCGAAACCUAAAGGCGACGAUGCAGAGGCCGUGCUCGAGAACCAGUGGGAGAUUCAGCGCAGGCGUAAGGUCUGGAUGAUAUUGAUGGGCUGGGAUCUCCACACGGGUAUCGUGUUAGGCCGACCGACGACCAUCGAUAGGAGUAUUAAUUACACACUGCCCGUAGACGCCCCGCUUCCGAAAGACAGGCGCAAGACCCCCGUUUUGCCCCGAGCAGAACACGACCCACCAACUCCUUUGACUCGAGCACUGUGGUCGUAUGAGAGUAUGAAGCCGCUGAGUAGCAUCCUGGAUCUGGAGAAGGAAGGCCCCAUGCCCAAGAACUUUACGAGGGUCGAUAAGAUCCACGAGGAACUAGUUGAGCUGGAUUCAAGAACGCCGCCGUACUUCCGCCUAGAGAACCCGGAUACGAGAUUUGAUGAUCUGCCAGAAUGCUAUUGGAUUCCCCAGGUGCGAGGGUCGUUGCCGCAACUGAUGUCCUUCAACUACAUGGCGCUGCACCGGCCAUAUAUCUUCACACGAGCACAGAGUCGGACUGAGGCACUCAAAGCGAGUAUCAAAAUGUUGGAGUAUCAGAAGGAGCACUUCCUUUCGUUAAACCCCCAGCAAUACAAGACAUUCUCGCUGUUCUUCGGGACAUUCGACGCCAUUGUGCUCAUGGCGACUAUCUUCAUCCUCUUCCCCAAGGAACACCCGGAACUCGUCAGCAAGGCACUACAGCACUACCAAUGGUCUGUUCAGCGCUUCGAGGUUAUGUCGGAACGCAACACCCUCGCCAAGGCCGCGCUCGGUGUCUUGCAGGCGAUCUACGUACGGCUGAAGAAGUCACUAGGAAUAGGCUUCGUGUGCGCCAACAAACCCUCGCAACAGGCCGUGCCGCCGUCGAACGGCACCCCGGCAUCAGCCAGCGCCAACAGCGAGCUAGCCGCGUCUCCCCAGGUCGACGGCAGUGCGACAAGUCUGGGAGGCAGCAUCAGCGGCACAAGCACCAGCACGUUCACGCCGACGACGGCCACGUCCUCCGGGGCGAGCGACAUGUUCUCGAUGCCCACGUCGGCGUCGGGGGCCACCGACCUCAGCGCCACCAUUGCAGGCAACGGGCUCGGGGAGUCUGGGCUGGGCGACCUAUCGCUGCCGCCAGAUUUUGACUGGAGCAGCAUCCAGCCGAUCUACGCCAUGGCGGACGUCGUGUACAACGACCUGAACGGUGUGAGUGACGGAGGUGUCUCUGGGCCGAGCUGGGCGGCGAGCACGCCGGUCAUGCAGAACAUUGAGAACCAGCCGUGGCAGUUCGAGGGAGAGUUUGGGGAUGAUAGCGUUUGGAAUCUUUUCAAUCAGUAUAACCCCUUUUGA